UGGAAGAGUGUUUUCUCCUCUGGCCGCCAAGCAGGCACCCUCUGCGUCGAGAGACCUUUCCUUUGUAGGUAGGCUCACGCUCUGAGGUACUUGGGGUUGAGAUUCCAGCACGUGAAUUUCAGGGGCACGGUGUGACCCCUAACACCCUCCAAAGGCUUCUGAGCUGCAGAGCGGGGUGACGGUGACCUCCAGGGUUAUUUGAGGAUUGAAGUCUAUGUUCCCUGGAUGGUGCCCGUCCCAGGUCCCGGCGUGGAGACGGAGCGUGCACCAGUGCCAGUAGUUCCUGCCGUCACGUAUCCUUUCUCGGGCUCCGGGCCGGGGUGGAAGCAGUGGUGCAGGAAUGGGUGGGAGGAGGGUGGCUCCCAAGGCGCGGGGAAGAGACACCUGGCAGGGCCAUGUGACAGCCAGGGCAUCCCCAGGGCCGAGCCAAGGUUGGUUGCCAAGGAUUUGCACUCAGCAGCCCUGGGGUAAGAUGGGGCAUCUGCAGAGCAUGGGCAGUGGCAGGGCCAGGGAGCUGCGGGGCCGGGGGCAGGGGAGAAGCCAGGCCCAGGACUGUCCCCGUCUGAGCCGGGAGAGGGCCAGAGCCCGGCCACUGGGCUGUGAAGCCAAGGGGCCCUCCCUGCCUCCUCUCCGCCGCCCGGGGCCCAGUGCCCUCUGUCGUGGAAUUGCCCACACGCCUCUCUCUCGCCGUCCGGGCCUCCCUUGUGAGCUCCCCGCGGACUCCAUCUGAUGGACAGAUCCCCCCGGUCGGCACCCCCUGUCAGCUGACGGCACGGAGACGGAUGGAAGGGGCUGGCGCCCGGGGGGCCCCCGGGGCUGAGGUCAGGCCCACGGGUCAUGAGCUCGGAGGCCGGCACGCCAGGCUCCUUGACCGUUACGGUUCUGUGUUUCCGCAGCCGCGUGAGGCCCUGGGAGCUCUGGGAGAUGAAGUUCGGCUGCCUGUCCUUCCGGCAGCCUCAUGCGGGUUUCGUCUUAAAUGGGGUGAAGACGCUGGAGACGCGGUGGCGGCCCGUGCUGAGCGGCCACCGGCACCGCACCCUGGCCGUCCACAUCGCGCGCAGGGACUGGGAGGACGCGGCCUGGAGGGAGCUGCUGGCCGAGAGGCUGGGGAUGAGCCCCGCGCAGAUCCAGGCCUUGCUGCGGGACGGGGAGAAGUUCGGCCGCGGAGUGAUAGCCGGGCUGGUUGACAUUGGGGACACUUUGCUGUGCCCAGAAAACUUAGGUCCCAACGAGGCUGCGGAGCUGGAGAAUCAAGCCCUGCUGCCCAACCUGCGGCAGAAGUACCUGACUGCGCUUGCCAACCCCCGCUGGCUGCUGCAGCCUGUCCCCAGGAGAGGCGGGAAGGACGUCUUCCAGGUGGACAUCCCCGAGCACCUGAUCCCCUUUGGGCAGGAGGCCUGACCAGACUGGGCUCUCGAGAGGAAGGUGACCGAGAGAGCAGCUCAUCGUGCCACCGUCCACUCGCCUUCACGCCCUGGACGUGCACGUCUGGUUCGGUCUGAAUCGGCCCUGCCCUGGGGAGCGCUGCCCGCUCCGUGCCGUUCACGGAAGCAGACGUGCCCACCUGGUGCAGGGACAGGGCUUGGGACUCUCCUCGUGCGAUGCCGCUCUGGGCUCAGCGACAGAGUCUCGAGGACUUUGACCUUUAGGAAAAGAUGGCAGUGCCGCUCGUUUUGGCCCUACUGAUUCUGGGUGGUUGAGAGAAAUGUGUUUUGAGAGGACCGGUUAGCGUUUUCCCCUCUUUGUCCUGGUCAGAACUCCCAGAUGUUUGGACCGCGUCUGGGGAACGAACAAUGGGGGAAGGCCGGUGGCGGGCCUCGUGCACGCGGGAGAGGACCGCAGGCCCAGAAACAGGGCGCGGUCUGUCCUUGCAGGUGACCCUGGCCCUGUUGUAAAGUGUCCCUUGGCUCACGAA